AUGGACCAAACUGUCAAGGUCGGUGCAGUGCAAGCAGAGCCUGUAUGGCUCGACCUUGAAGGAAGCGUUGACAAAACCAUCUCCCUGAUCGAGAAAGCUUCCGCCGAUGGAGUUCAAGUCCUUGGGUUUCCCGAAGUUUGGAUCUCCGGUUAUCCAUGGCAGAUGUGGACCUCGCCAGUCAUCAACAACGGGAGUUGGAUCCACGAGUACAUGGCCAAUUCAAUGCGCCGAGACUCACUUCAGAUGAGACGAAACCAACGAGCCGUCAAGAAAGCAGGUAUGCUCGUCGUUCUCGGGUACAGUGAGCAAGAUAGAGCAAGCCUGUACAUGGGACAAUCAUUCAUCGAUACAGAUGGCGAGAUCAUUCAUCAUCGACGAAAGGUCAAGCCAACUCACGUGGAACGAACAAUCUGGGGUGAAGGACAAGCCGAGUCGCUCCAAGUCGUCGUCGUUGAUUCCAAGUUCGGAAAGGUUGGCGCAUUGAACUGCUGGGAGCAUUUGCAGCCAUUGCUUCGAUACAAUGAAUAUUCACAGGGUGUGCAGAUCCAUAUCGCCAGCUGGCCAGCUGAGUUCGAGAUGCCAGACCCUGAAAAAAUUGCUUGGUUGUACCAUGAGACCGGCGAGGCGAGCUAUCGCGCAAAUCAGUUCAUGGCCAUUGAAGGAGCAACUUUUGUCGCUGUGGCCUCACAGGUUCUCACCGAAAAGAACUUGGAAAGGAAUGGACUUACAGGCAAUCCUGUUACCAAAACAGUAAGGUGGCCUCCCUUGAAGAUGGACAGACUGCUGACUGGUAAUGUAGCCUGGUGGUGGAUUCUCAAUGAUCUUUGGGCCCGACGGCAAGCCACUUGCAGAGCCUAUCGGUGA